UAUGUACACAGCUUUGGAUCAAGUAGAAAACUGCGUUUAUCAUCGGCCUGCUGCUGUGGAGGGAUCCGAACGAUAUCUUUCUCAUGUAUCCUAAGUAAUGUCAAUUCUCUUUCAUUGACCGACCGCCUAGAAGAAUUAUGACACACACUUGUUCACCCUAGCCCACCUAUUAUUUCAAUCUUUCUCCUUUGUCCCCAGUUUAUAUUAUUGCUACUCCUGCACAAAUCUUUUGCGCCUAGAGCUUUUCUAACCUAUCCCCGGAAUCUCUUGGAAGCUCUCCAUCUCAACACUACUCAUCCUCACCUCACCUCACUUCACCUUACCUUACCUCAAUUCCCGAUCUAUUCCACAACGUACUACUCCGUACAACUGCGAUUUGAUAGUACGAAUUAGCAAACAACCACUAUCAUCCAUCAUGGGCGCCAAAGCAGGCCUUGCGCUCAAAGUAGUUCAAUGGUUCAUCCGCGGCGUGCAAUUCGGUUGCAGCGCUCUCAUCCUCGCACUUUUCUCGUACUUCCUCGCAAUACUUUCUAACCGUAAUUUGCCCAUACCAACAUGGGCGCGUGCCGUUGAGGGUAUCUCGGGUAUCGGUGUGCUCUACACCAUUCUCGGGCUUCUACUCUUGUGUUGUCUGGCUGGUCACCCCUUCACCUCUUUCAUCGCCAUUGUGCUGGAUAUUUGCUUCAUUGGGUCCUAUAUCUACGUUGCUAGCGCUACUCGUAGUGGAGCCAGCACUUGCACCGGCACGGUCGAUACGCUUUUUGGCACCGGCCGUGCUGAGGACUUGAUCAACAAUCAACACCCUACUUAUAGACAAGUUUGCCAGAUGGAAACUGCUUGUCUAGCCGUCUCGAUUGUAGCAGUUGUCUUCUUCGUCUUCUCUGCGCUUCUCGAGGUUGUCCUCGUCCGUCACCGACGCAAGGAACAGCGCUUUGGCCCUAGUCCCGCUAACAACUACACGUCGGGCUACGGCGGGCGGAGAGGCAUAUUCGGACUAUUCCGCCGAAAAAAGACUGCAGAUAGCCCAAACCCUAACAUCUUGCCUGAGCACACCCACCCAGACCAGAUGCGCCAGAGCUACAACACCGAGACUACGGCUGUCGGUCAUGAAAAUGGAGUGCACAAUAACAAGUACCAGCACGACGGUCAAGUUGCGUACCCCGAGGCCGGCACUGCGACAUCGCAUACCACGCCGGCUGGUUACCGCUACUAAGCGCACACCGCUUUUCUAACUGAAGAGUUUGUUCAUGAACAUGAGGGGAACGGUACCUUUUAAGAUAAAAAUAUGUAUGAACUGGGAGUGAUACCCUUCACAGGAUUAGCAUAUGGGAUGUUGUCGCUCGCUGCUUUAUGUAUAUGAAUCCUGAUGAGAUUGCCAGACGUGGCUGGGAACAUUGUGGCGGAACCGUAAUGAUCGCGUUGAGUUUCUUAAUAGUAUACUAUCACGCAUAUAACGUAAACACUCUUAGCCACCAGGAUUGCUUGGCUGGUAUGAAUAUAAUAAAAUGAAGUUAAAUGAGAAGCAAAGU